UCCUCUCUCUGAAGAUAGAGAUAGAAAAGAGAAGAAAUAGAUUAAGAGAGAGAGAAACUUUGUAAAGUUGUUCAGACAAGGAAAAGAAAGAGAGAGCCGAACACAGAAGGAAGAAAGAAACCAAGAAAAGAAAACCCUAACCCUAAAAAUGGUUUCCUUCUUAUUCUUCUGUUAAAUCCUGUGCUAGAUCUUCAAAAUCAAAUCUCUGAUGAAACCAGUUUAUUUCUUCUCAUCUUUCAUUCCAUUUUGAUGAAUUUUUCUGCCUACUCUGUAGAUCAUUGAUUUUGUGUUCAGAGGAAAGAGGAAUUAGGGGGUUUAUUGAGUUCAGAUCUUUUCUCGUCAUGUUUUGUAUGAGAUAAGAAUAGUAUUACUAAUAGUGUGAAGCCAUUAGAAGUUGCACAGUCAGGGAUAUUGUGUUGUUGUUGUUGUUGUUGUUUUUAGAUCUUCUGUUUUUGUGCGGUUAGUUCUCUGUUUGUUUUUCUUUUUAGAGUUUUCUUGUUUAUCUUUAAGAUCUUUGCGCUGGAUCGGUUAGGGAUACCGGGAACUAUGUCUUCCUUAAGCAGGGAACUGGUAUUUUUAAUUUUACAGUUCUUAGAUGAGGAGAAGUUUAAAGAAACAGUUCACAAGUUAGAACAGGAAUCAGGGUUUUACUUUAACAUGAAACAUUUUGAAGAUCAAGUUCAAGCUGGUGAAUGGGAUGAAGUUGAACGUUAUUUGUGUGGAUUUACAAAGGUUGAAGAUAAUAGAUACUCAAUGAAGAUUUUCUUUGAGAUAAGGAAACAAAAGUACUUGGAGGCACUUGAUGCUCAAGACAGGGCAAAAGCUGUCGAGAUUCUUGUUAAGGAUCUUAAGGUUUUUGCUUCUUUUAACGAAGAGCUCUUUAAAGAGAUUACUCAAUUGCUUACACUUGAAAACUUUAGGCAGAAUGAGCAGCUUUCCAAGUAUGGGGACACUAAAUCAGCCCGUAACAUAAUGCUAAUGGAACUUAAAAAACUUAUUGAAGCAAAUCCUUUGUUCCGUGACAAGCUUACAUUCCCGCCCUUCAAAAACUCACGACUUCGGACCUUAAUAAACCAGAGUCUCAAUUGGCAGCAUCAACUCUGUAAAAACCCUCGUCCGAAUCCUGACAUCAAAACACUCUUCACCGAUCAUACUUGUGCUCCUAAUAAUGGAGCUCGUGCUCCUCCUCCUACAAACAGCCCUCUCGUGGGACCCAUUCCUAAAGCUGGGGCAUUUCCUCCUAUUGGUGCGCAUGGUCCAUUCCAGCCUGUUGUAUCUCCAUCUGCAAAUGCUAUUGCAGGGUGGAUGAGUACUAGCCCUUCAUUACCACACGGGGCAGUGCCGACAGGCCCCCCUGGUCUUGUACAGCCUCCUAAUGCAGUUCCAUUCUUAAAGCCGCAUCCUAGGACACCUACAAGUGCUCCAGGUAUGGAUUAUCAGUCGGCUGAUUCUGACCACUUAAUGAAGCGUAUGCGUACUGGGCCGUCUGAGGAGGUGUCAUUUUCUAGUGUGGGACAUCCCUCCAAUAUGUACUCGCAAGACGACCUUCCUAAAGUUGUUGUGAGGAGCUUGAGCCAAGGUUCUAAUGUCAUGAGCAUGGAUUUUCACCCACAGCAACAAACUAUUCUCUUAGUUGGGACAAAUGUUGGUGACGUUGCCAUAUGGGAAGUUGGAUCUCGGGAGAGACUAGCAUAUAAGACUUUCAAAGUGUGGGAUAUUUCAGCAUGUACCAUGCCGUUGCAGUCAGCGUUAAUGAAAGACGCAACAAUUUGUGUGAAUAGGUGUGUUUGGGGUCCAGAUGGAUCCAUACUAGGUGUUGCAUUCUCAAAACAUAUUGUGCAGACAUAUGCUUACAAUCCAUCUGGAGAACUGAGACACCACUUGGAGAUCGACGCGCAUGUUGGUGGUGUAAAUGAUAUUGCAUUUGCUCACCCGAAUAAGCAAGUUUGUAUUGUCACUUGCGGUGAUGACAAGACUAUCAAGGUCUGGGACGCUGUUGCUGGACGUAGGCUGUACAUAUUUGAAGGGCAUGAAGCUCCUGUGUAUUCAGUCUGCCCCCAUUAUAAAGAGAAUAUUCAGUUUAUUUUCUCCACUGCCAUUGAUGGGAAAAUCAAAGCAUGGCUCUACGAUUGCUUGGGAUCUAGAGUGGAUUAUGAUGCCCCUGGACUUUGGUGCACCACAAUGUCAUAUAGUGCUGAUGGAACCAGGCUCUUCUCUUGUGGUACUAGCAAAGAGGGUGACUCACACUUGGUUGAGUGGAAUGAGAGUGAAGGUGCUAUCAAAAGGACAUAUUCGGGCUUCAGGAAGCGUUCAUUAGGUGUUGUUCAGUUUGACACAACAAAGAACCGUUUCUUAGCUGCUGGUGAUGAAUUUCAAAUCAAGUUUUGGGACAUGGAUAAUAACAACAUACUUGCCACUACUGAAGCUGAUGGUGGAUUGCCUGCAAGCCCUAAGCUGAGAUUCAACAAGGAAGGGUCACUGUUGGCAGUAACUACAAGUGAUAAUGGAGUCAAGAUUUUAGCCAACGCCGAUGGUCAACGCCUGAUAAGAAUGCUCGAGAGCAGGACCUUUGAGGGGUCUCGAGGCCCAUCUGAUGCCAUGAACACGAAGCCUUCAAUUGUCAAUGCACUUGGUCCAGUAGCAAAUGUUUCCGCGUCUCAACCACCAACAAUAGAACGUUCUGAUAGACUUUCCCCUGCCGUAUCCAUUGGUGGCCUUGCUCCUAUGGACAACAAUAGGACCCCGCCAGAUGUUAAACCCAGAAUAUCAGAAGACGUUGAGAAGGUUAAAACCUGGAAACUGCCAGAUAUUGUUGACGCGGCACAACUAAGAGCUGCACGGUUACCUGACCCUUUAACGGCUGGCAAGGUUGUACGCUUGAUAUACACAAAUUCUGGAGGUGCAGUGUUGGCUCUUUCAUCUAAUGCAGUCCAUAAACUUUGGAAAUGGCAGCGCACAGAACGUAAUCCAUCUGCAAAGUCUACGUCAUCUGUAGCUCCCGUGUUGUGGCAACCUGGCAAUGGUACUGUCAUGACAAAUGACAUUAGUGAAACCAGCCCACCUGAGGAACCAGCGGCAUGCAUUGCUUUAUCUAAGAACGAUUCAUAUGUCAUGUCGGCGUCUGGUGGAAAGGUCUCUUUAUUCAACAUGAUGACCUUCAAGGUUAUGACAACUUUCAUGCCCCCACCUCCGGCUGCAACAUUCUUGGCGUUCCACCCUCAGGACAAUAACAUCAUCGCCAUAGGGAUGGAGGACUCUACUAUUCAAAUAUACAACGUUCGUGUUGACGAGGUUAAAACAAAACUAAAGGGGCAUCAGAAAAGAAUCACAGGCCUUGCGUUCUCUCAGUCUUUGAAUGUAUUGGUGUCUUCGGGAGCUGAUGCACAGCUGUGUGUAUGGAGUAUUGAUGGAUGGGAGAAGAGGAAAGCAAGAUUCAUACAAGCACCAUCAGGGAGAUCAGGUCCAUUGGUUGGGGAAACGAGAGUCCAAUUCCAUAAUGAUCAAACUCACCUUUUAGUAGUUCAUGAGAGCCAAAUUUCUGUCUAUGAUAGCAAGCUUGAAUGUUUGCGCUCGUGGUCUCCAAGAGAAGCUCUCUCUGCACCCAUAUCAAGUGCUAUAUAUUCAUGUGAUGGCCUGCUUGUGUACGUUGGAUUUUGUGAUGGUGCUGUAGGAGUCUUCGAUGCUGACAGCUUGAGACUCAGGUGCCGAAUAGCAUCCUCUGCAUACUUGCCUCCAUCCAGUGCCAGUGCUGUCUAUCCAUCAGUAAUAGCAUCACACCCAUCUGAACCAAACCAGAUUGCACUUGGCAUGAGCGAUGGAGCUGUUCAUGUAGUUGAGCCGUCUGAUGCAGAACCAAAGUGGGGUGUUGGACCACCUCAAGAGAAUGGAUCAAUGCCUUCUACAAAUCCUUCUUUAAGUAAUCAACAGCCAUCAGAGGCACCUUCCAGAUGACGAUGAUGGGGCGAUUUAGCAUCAGCAGAGCGCAAAAAUAGAAGGUUUUAGUAAGAAAGAAGAUCAAAGACCCCUGGGGUUUUGGGGGUUUGGUCUUUAAUGUCCAGCAGCACUGUCCUGUUUUUCUUCUUUUCUUUUCUUAUAAAUUUUUGUAGUCUCAUCUAUGUCCCCUUUGAAGACAGAUUUUGCAUAUUAAUCUCAAUGUAAAGUGUUUCUUCUGGGAUGGAAGUGGAAGGGGAAAUAUAUAGAUAUAUAUAUAAAUAUUUUAUAUUUUAUUAGGUGGGCACAAAGGUUUUGUAUAUCAAUGUGGGCCUACAAUGGGGAGAUGGUGAUGGACAUAAGGAUACAAUGGUCAAACAGCAUAUUUU